AUGGAGGAGAAGGAGAGGAGUAGGAGCCGGUCUCCUUCUCGUAGCCGUAGGGCCAGCCGGGUGCAGCAGGUGGUGGGGACGUUGAUCAGACGCACCCGAGAAUCACUCAGCAGAGAGCGGAUCCUUGGCGAUGGGAGGUCCAACCGGUCAGGCAGCGUGUCCAGUCAGAACUUCCCGGUGAGGCUAACGGUUCAGAUCGUCAGAGACCCGGUGUUGGACUCCAGAGGUCAUGGGUUCACCCUCUCCAAACAGCACCCCCUGCUGGUCAGGGACGUGUCUACAGGUGGCCCAGCGGAUGGCAUACUGUACCCUGGAGACCAGGUGUUACAGAUCAAUGACCUGCUGGCAGAUGAUCUCAGCUAUGAACAGCUGCAAGACGUCACCAGGGACUUGGAGGACUCUGUCACAAUGACAAUCUUAAGGCACAUGACAGGUCCUAAGUCGUCCAUCAUGUCGGCGGAGAAGAGGGCUCGUCUGAGGAGUAACCCGAUCAAAGUGCGCUUCGCAGAGGAAGUGGUCGUUAACGGUCACACUCAGGGAAACUCUCUUCUGUUCCUGCCCAACGUUCUGAAGGUCUACCUGGAGAACGGACAGACCAAGGCCUUCAAGUUCGACGCUACCACCACCAUCAAGGACAUCGUUUUGACUCUGAAGGACAAGUUGUCCAUCUGCUGUAUUGAGUACUUUGCUCUGGUGCUGGAACAGCAGUAUAGCAUCACUAAGCUACUGCUCCUGCACGAGGACGAGCUUAUACACAAGGUGGUGCAGAAGAAGGAGAACAGCAGCCAUGACUACAAGUGUCUGUUCAGGGUGUGUUUCAUUCCCAGAGACCCCCUGGAGCUGCUACAGGAAGACCCCACCGCCUUCGACUACCUCUUCCUCCAGAGCGUCGGGGACGUUCUACAGGAGAGGUUUGCGGUGGAGAUGAAGUGUAACACCGCACUGCGUCUGGCUGCCCUGCACAUGCACGAGAGACUGAACAGUAUAGGCUCCACCCGGACCUCUAUCAAGAGCAUCACGAAAGACUUCGGUCUGGAAUGCUUCAUCUCUCCCACUCUGCUCAGUAACAUGAGAGAGAAGGACCUGAGGAAAGCCAUCAGCUACCACCUCAAGAAGAUCCACUCACUGCUGGAGCCACGACAGAAGGUUAUCUCAGCCACUCAGGCCCGGCUGGCCUACCUCACCCAGCUUGGAGAACUAAUCUCCUACGGAGGCCGCUCCUAUACAGCCACCAUGAUGUUGCAGGACCGGGAGGUGCUGGUCAGUCUGUUGGUGGGGGCGCGCUACGGCCUGAGUCAGGUGGUCAACCACAAGCUCAACAUGGUGUCCACCCUGGUAGACUUCAGCAGCAUCAGUAGAGUGGAGCUGCUCUCUGAGUCGGACAGAGUCAGCCUGCUACGUAUCUCACUGCACGACAUCAAGCCUUUUGCCUUACUGAUGGACUCUCUAGCAGCCAAAGACUUGGCGUGUCUACUGGGGGGCUAUUGCAAGCUCCUGGUGGACCCCAGAGUGUGUGUGUUCCGUCUGAGACGCCCCAAGGUGCGGGUGCACAGGAUACCUGCUGAGGAAGGCUAUGUGUCCCGCUGCUGUAGUGACUCCGAUGACUCGUCAGAUGAGGACUACCCCACCGAGCCUCCACCAACUCACACCCGCAAACGCCCCGCACCUGCCAAGAAGGACAUGGAGGUAGAGGAAGAGAACGGAAGGGAAGUGAGAGGAAGAGAGAUCAUGCUAGGAAUUAAAGCUAGCGCAGGAACAGUGGAACAGGACAACUGGUACCACACAGACCCGCGGGUCAACAGUAGCUUCUCCAGCCUGUCCAGCGGCUCUCUGAAGGCGGCCUUGGAGGAGAGCAGCGCUGCAGCUGCAGCCAGAGGAGGAGGCCCAGCCAAGGCCUCCUCUCGCUUGGUCGCCCUGCGUGAGGACAGCCCCUCUCUCCGGUCCCAACGGCCAACUCAGGGGACCACCACCCUGGAUGUCCACCACCCGUUCCUCCUGGAGGUCACAGCUCCCUCUCCUCAGCGUCAGAGAGAGGGCGCCCCCGGCAGCACGGCCUCUGCCCCCGUACGCCCCACCAACCUGAGUUACCGCAGCAACGACAGCUCGUGCCUGUGCUUCACUGAACACUCCAAGGGCAGCUAUCUCCCCAGCCCCCCCGAGGCCACCAGCGACGAGGAGGAGACGGAGGAAGUUGACGAUGACGACGAUGAGGAGGAACUGAGACGGCUCUCUAAGAUCCCAAGUCACGUAGACCUGCGCCUCAUAGACAAGAUCUGCGCCCAGUCUAACAAAACUGCUUCCAACAACAAGUUAGACAUCCCCAUCCACAUCUCCUCCUGUGAAAAGAGGGCGGCUUGUAGCUCCACCCGCAAAGGGGAGGAGAGUCUAUCAAGACACUCCGGAGAUUCCGGUCCUUUCCUAACGCCGUCCCCUAACGCUCCUCCUCCUGUUGCUAGGGAAAGUGCCUCAGAGUCAGACGAUGAGUUCUUCGAUGCCCAGGAGCGGUUCACUCCUCCAGUUCCUCCUGAUGGCACAGAAACCAGUUUGGAUGUGGCUGACGAUAAUAGACACAGUAAACGCUGGAGUGGCACAGGAAAGGGACUGCCAGUGGUACCAGAGAGGGAGCCUCCCUCACCCCUCAAAAAGAAGCACUCCUCACCUGACCACAAGAAACAGCAGGAGACCCAACGAGACCCAAAGCUCCACUCAAACCAGUCUUCCAUGCAGAGUGUCGAUGCCAAGAUCAAACCACCAUUGGCCCCCAAGCCCCAGCUACCCCCAAAACCUGAACUGGCCCCUAAACCUGAACUGGCCCCCAAGCCCCAGAUAGACCCCCAGAGGUCUCCCAAGUGUGGGGGUCCGUACGCCCACUGUAACGGGGAUGCUCGUGGGGGCCACGCGGGGCUCUUGGAGAUAGACACCAUGGAGCCGGAAACGAUGGAGUUUAAAUCAGUCACCUCGGGGGCGGGGGGGCCUCCACUCUCCUCCCCCCUCAUCACGGCUGUACGGAAGAACCAGCAACCCCCUGCUGAACCUCAGGCUGUGGAGAACGGGCUCAGGCAAGAGAACGGGCCUAAGAUAGAGAACAGUUCUAAGCAAGAGCACAGUUCUAAGAUAGAGAACAGGACUCCUAACAUGCUUCCUAAAGAUUGUGUUCUGGUCACUGCUGACAAGCAGACAGCGAGGGUUGAAACUAAAACAAAUGGGAUUUCCCUGCCGAAGGGAGAGGUCCGAAAUGCGGUUGGGGUGGAACCCCCGAGAAAGCUGCAAAGCUUAUCCCCCAUUCCACGUUCGGCUUCAGGAGAUGAGAUCAGGUUGAGCCUUACCAGCCCUCCACCGCUCUCUCCCAGAACCUCCCCUCCUUCUCUUCAUCCCCUAACAGUCCUCCCCAUCCCGGUCUCACCAAAGGAGAAAGAGGGGGUGUCCCCACCGAACGGCCUCCACCCCUGGGGCAGUCGCAAUGGGAGCGCUCAGUCCGGGAGGAGGGUCUCUCUGAGUCACGAGAACCUGUCCCCCAAAAACGCAGACGGCCCCCUCAGUCUGACCACCUCCCUCACCACCUCCUCUAAAGGGACAGCGGGAGGCCCAGAGAGCACAGGGAGGUCAGGGUCAGGUUCAGACCUGAGGGUCAGUUCUUCCAGCCUGGGGGGCCGUCUGCCUACCUCAGCCCUGAGAGGGCGGAUCCAGGCCCUGCCCUGGUACAUGACCCGCUCCCAGGAGAUCCUGGGCACCCUGGACUACCCCUCCACCAGCUCUGUCAACGAGGAUGUCACGUCCGGGUACGGCUCCGGUCUGUCGGUCAGCGGAGCCUCCGAGGUCAGCAAGGUCACUGCCAAGGCAGUAGGUGAGACUGCAGCGGGUAAAGGGAAGAAGGAAGUGCUGGAGGAUGGAGCCGAGGUCGUCAUAGCGACCAUCAAAGAGUUCCAGGAAGUGACUCCCCGUUUGAAGGAGGCCAAUGGAACGAACGUGUCGCACCCCAACCAGGCCCUGAGAGAAAAUGGGCCGCACGUCUCUGAGCCUUAUGGGUUUCUGGGCUCCUGCAAGUCGGAGCAGCCCCAGUCCAGGCCCCACUCAGAGGUGGGGUUAGGGGGUGGUUCAGGCCCACCCCUAGAGGGGGACUCUCUGGUGCACACCCCUCCACAGGCCCACCACGAGGCGUGUGGGUGCCGCACCGUCUACGCCAACUGCUUCAGCGGCGACGUGGAGGAUGGCUGCGGCUUUGACGAGGAGCUCACAAUAUACGAGUUCUCCAAACGCACGCGCCCCAAACAAGCCCGCUCUACACCCCUGCCCUCCCCCACCUCCCCUGUCCCCUCCCCCAACAUCCUGUCCCUGCUGAGGGACACCCCUCGCCCUCUCUCUACGCUCUCCACUGCCUCCUCAGAAAUUAGCCCCCUCCUAUCCCGCCCUGUCUCCCCAACGCCCCCUAUAGGCGCCCUGCGCUCCCUCACCAACAAACGCUACGUGGGGCUGAAGGGGGGCUUUGCCUCCCUGAGGCAGGACAUCGAUCAGCUACGCCUGGUCCUGGAGAGAGGCACGACUGGGCCACCACCUUCAUCAGAACACUCUAAAACAGACCAGGAUGGGUGUGGAGAAGAGGGACCCAACCAAGACGUGGGGCAAGAGGAGGGUCCGACCCCAUGCUGUGGAGGGGCAAGUCCUCUACUCUUGACAGAGGCUGAGAGGAGUUUACUCCAGGCAGAGGCCCGGCGGUUGGCAACAGGGUGCCAGCGUGCCACGCGUGUGGGCUGGGCUCCGGAGGAGGCGCUUCGGUCCUUAUCCAACAGCUUUAGUGCCCUUGUGCAGCUCUCUGCAGCCUGCCUGAGAACACACCCCUGUCCUGGCUGUGACAUCUGCCGCAAUAGGCGUCAGAUCCACAGCACUGAUGAUGAGGGCCAGGAGGAGGCUCUGGACAAGCUGAAGGAGAUCGUAGGGCUGUACCGGGAGUUUGUUGGGGCUGUGGAGAUGGCUGAAACCAGGGCUGGGGCUGGCAGUGGGACUGGGUCUGGGGAUGGACAGAGGCAGGGAGAGGGCGAGGGGGUGAGGCUGCUGGCCAAACGCUGCACGGUGCUCAUCUCUUCCGUCUUUGCGCUCACGCAGCUGUUCAGGAUGCACUCGCCGGACACGACAGACCUGCUGGGUCAAACACCUCUCCACUUUUGA